CAAAACUGCUCGGCGAUGCAUUUCUAGCUUCGCGAUUACGAUUUUUUUUUGCCACUAUCAUUAUUUAACGUUUAUUUUCUUGCCCAUUUGAGGGGAAUUAUUAACUUUGCGCUUGAAUUAGUGCUAUUUAAAAAAAAAUAAUUACAAAAUAUUGUUCCUAUAAUUCAAUUCGUGUAACUCAAAGUGCACGCAGAACUAUACGGUAUGAUUUAUAUUCUUCAAUAUGGCACCAGUACAACUUAAACACACGCAGUUCCUCUAUAGAUCAUUCACAAACGUGUGUUUUUCAGAUAAAUAUAGCUCAUCAGGACGCCACGGAAUUAGAUGAGCGACCCGGAAACCGUGUUUCAGCAUUACCGUAACAUUUCGAGUAGAGGGACACGCGCAAAAACAAACCGGGGAAAGUUUGGAUCUGUUGCCUAGAGGCGCUGAAAUCAUGAUCUAACUAACGCGUUCUCACCAGUGUGAGAUUUCUCAGUGUGUUCUCAUUGCUUUAAACUCGAAAAGUGCGCAGUAAACAACGACUGUAAAUCCUAUCUACACCUAUUUAGGUAGAAAUAAGCAUUAAAAUAAUACAUUGAAUGCAGCGGAAUGGUCAUCUACUCCAAACCAAAACAUCAGAGUACUACAGCAGCAUCAAACGCAGCCGACUGCUUGACUGACAGCUUCCGUGUCAUCCGAUGGCGUUCUGCUUAGCGGAGCUGAACCUGUGGUCCUCAAGAAGCAGUCUGAAUGUGCAAGACACAGAUAUUGGCACAUUCCAGUUUUAUGAGAAAGGAGAACCGGUCUUUCCUGCAGAUCAGCAUUACUACAGUGAGAAGCAGCACUUUGCCGAGACACGAGGUUACCCAUGGCUCCUGAGUAACCGUCGUCCGGAGAGGUUGAGGGACACCCUCAAGGAACUGGAGGAGUUGUUACAGUCUAAUUCCUGUAUUUGUACCAAAUGGAGGACGAAGCAUUGCUGCCAGAUGCUGUUGAGCUCAGGUGUUUUAGUGACCCUCACUCUGAGUGGAGCUCAGUUAGAGAGAGUGGGCAUCGACAAAACACUGGUGGGACGACUACCUGCUGACACCAUCAGUCACGCGGUGAUCGGUGAACGCUUCGUCCUUCUCUCAUUGGUGGAGAAGAGUCAGGUGUGUCAGGUGUACCUGGGUAGGCGGAGCCAGAGUUCACCUGAGCUUUCAGCAUGGCGUUUGGAGAAGCUCUCCGCUGCUGACAUUAAGGUCUCAUCCUUGGAGCUGGGAGGAGGAGGCGGCCGUGGUACGAGCAGGCGUGUGGCACUGAACCGUGGGCAGGAUAUGGGUGUGUGCUGGUGGCAAGGCGGGCAUGGCGACGUGUGGCCUUGGUCACCAGUUCCCAGUUCCUCAGAGCGGGCCAAUGUGGUAGUGCUGGGCUUUUCAGAAAGCGCUGGUCUCAUGGUUCUGAGCUCCAUACGCACUAAUGGUGAACCUUUGGACUGUUGCUUCAGCCUGACCCAACCCUACCAGAUCCUCACCGUUGAGCUGCACAAGGAGACCCACAGCUCCACUGCAGAGCUACGUGAGGAGCCCAGUCGCUCCAACAUUGAGCUGCGUGAGGAGGCCCAAGUCGUUCAAACAUGUGCGUACGAGUGCGCUCGUGGACGUUUGCAGCGCCUCUCAGCUACAUCUUUACCUCUAUCUUCUGCUCCUGUGUCUUGGUGCCGUGACCCAAGUGAGCGCUGGCUUCUGCUGGGCCUUCAGGACUCCUCUGUGGUGCUGCUCCACAUCGAAACUGGCGUACAGACUUGUGUCAACUGCCCCAUGCUCCCUUCUGUACUGGUCUGGCACCCUGAUGGAGGCUUGAUUGUAGUGGCUGGGGGUCAGGGUGAGCUGCAGUGCUUUGAUUUGGGACUCAGCCCUCUCCGACUACAGCUGGUGUCUGAGGAGGACGUCAUGGGUACGAGUGGCAAGAGUCUUCAGCUGGCCAGGCAUGUGAGAAUAGCCAGUGGUUUGGAGGGUGUGGAGUGGGCACACUCGCCAAUGUCACAGGGUGCCGAGGGGCUGGAAGUGCAUGAUCUCCUGAUGCUAAGGUUCCACAGAGGUCCAGUGGCUGCUCUGAGACUCCGACUAGGUAUACUGAAUGGGGCCCAGCUGGGGGUGGGUGAACUCCUGCAGCAUCGUCUGCGCUAUGGAGAGGUGGAUGCUGCACUGGGCAUUCUGGGUAAUAUGGACUGGUGCAUGAUGGGAGCAGACUGCUAUCGUGGUCUCAUCUCGGUGACUGAUCACCUGCUCAGAAAACCACUGGACGAGCGGACGGAAGCUCAGUUAGAAGCUGCUCUGGGGAUGUUCUACUCUCCGUCCAGAGCCUUAACAGACUCAGUUAUACUGGAGUAUCGAGACCCCAUCAGCCGCUACGCACGGAGAUUCUUCCAUCAUCUGAUCAGGCACCAGCGCUUUGAGAAGGCUUUUCUCCUGGCUCUGGAUAUCAGCGCUCGAGACCUGUUCAUGGUUCUUUUAAACUUCAAACAGGACCUCCAUUACGUGGCACGGGACAGCGGGGAGCCUGUGUUGGCCAACGUGGCCCGACGGAAAGCUCAGGAGCUGGAUGCGGAGGGGGUCACGAUCUCAGAACCAGUUUCAGAUGAGCCCAGGCCUGUACUUAAACAACAGAAUGGAGUGUGUGUUUCCCCCAUUAACACACACACUGAAUGGGCCAAUGUCAGUAAAGCAUACAAGAAAACAAGAGUUGACUCUAAGGGAAAGAUGGAUAGGGAGAUGGAAGAAGACCUCGCUGAGACACCGGUAAAUCCUGCCGCCUGGCCCUGGACUCAAACAGAAUUCACGCUCAUCGACCACAGCGAUCAGGUGUCUAAAGACUCCGGAAAGCUCAAAGUCAUUCAUUUCGGCUUAGUAUGAACACCGAGUAUGAAUUUAUAUCAUCUUACUGUGGAGCUGUUUAUCAAAUGCAACAGUAUGAUCUUGUAUUUUGUAAAAAAAAACAAACAAACAAAAAAAAAAACAAAGCUCGGACCUCUCAGGAAAUUGACUAGCGUUUGUACUUCAGUGUUAAAUGUUCUUGAAAUAUUGUACAAACUAAUGCAAGGUGUUUUUUUUUUUUUUUUUUUGUUAAAUGGAAAAUGUUAGCUUCACGUUCUUGUAGUAAAUUUGAGUUCAGCGCCACAAUUAUUUCACAGAUCUAAAAAAAAAAAAAAAAAAAAUUUUUUUUAAAUAAUAAAAUUUUGUACUGAUGGUAUUUUCCAGAGAUUCAUUACAUGCAUAAACAUUAGAACUUUUUUUUUUCCUCUUUCUUUAAUAAAAAUUUUUUGUUAAAGUGUGCGCUUCUAACUGAACUGAACUGUCUUGGCCCUUUUCAUGUAGUAAUCAUGUCUGGUUUAUUUUUACUGUGCGUCAGAACAUCGUUGAUGUUUUUCAGCUUUUAAAAUCCCAAGACUGCACAUCCCUGAACUCUACACCGCUCAGACGUGCGCUUGUAAUGGAUUUGCCUCGAUUGUGCAUAAAAGCAUCCAUUAAAUUAGCCUAAUAAACGGGUAAAAGUACAGAAAUUUCUCCUUGUCGUAGCUCACUGUGAUGUGGCCUGUGUAGUAGGUGGUUUGGUUUUUAUUCUCGCCAUCUUCCAUACGCGUGUACGUGAGAAAGAGAUUACACGCGGGAGUUAUAAAGCAGAGGACGCCAGCGUUUCACCCGUAUCAGGACUGACGCUGCCUCGCUUUGCCUCAAACUUAAUCUGACGGCACCCAGCCACCCGUAAUCCCCCGCAGUAUCGUAAUCAGUUUAUUCUACAUUCUAAGA